AUGAACUUCGGACUAAAAUCCGGGCCACUCAGAGAGCGCCAUGUCAGCCCGCCCAAGGGGUGGCAGCCGCAACAAAGAAGCUUCCGUCAGGCAAUGGAGGAGACGGAUUCUCCUGGUGGCCAUGCUCCUGGGGACAGCUCUCAAAGUUCCUUCAUGUUGCCCAAAGGGCUGCAGGAGCAUGAGACCCGCCAACCGCAAGGGCCUGCACUACAUGGCCUCAUCGACCCCAGCCACUUCCGCGACUUUCAACGCAGGCUGAGGGAGGAAGUGGCAGCUUCACAGCAGCUCGAAGCGGCCACCACCGACUCACAGGAGGGAGGCGCCCCAGAUGACGGUAUCCCGAGCCCUUCAGAGAAGAUGACGAGCAGCUUCCCUAUCGAGACCCCCGCCGGCGCUCCUGGAGCAUCCAUGGACGUUGACAGUCGGCCACAGUCGUCCAGCGCACAAUGCAGCCAGGGCGGCGAUGAUCGGCAGGCGCCGCGCCUCUUCUGCGGAGACGAGUCGCAGAAGACGGAGUCGGAAUGGGAGGGCGAGGACAUUGAGGGGGCGGAGUUCGAGAGCGCGAACGAGACCUCGGACGAGGAAACCUCCCAAGAUCGCGCAAUGAUCGACGACGCCCCUCAGGAAGAGGAGAACGAGGUGGUGCGGUGCGGCCGGUUCGCCGCGAUGGAGACAGAUUCCGAUGAAGAGGAUUUUUCCCAGGUGCUGGCAAGGCUCAAGCGGCGCGCGCCUGAUGGGGCGACCAACCCGCGCAAAACCAGCCGUCGCCGCCGCGUGCUGCUGUCACCCGAGUCUGACUCCUCGAGCGAGGAGGACAGUCCGCACUCCCCGGUUUGCAGCCAGGGCGUGAUCGCCAAGCACCCCCCCAUGCCGGAAGAAGGGUCUGCGCUUGGGACGGAUUACCCAAUGCCAGACGACCUCCCUUCGGAACCUGAGGACGACGGCUGGUCCGACGACCUCCCACCAGAGCCCGAGGACGACGGCUGGCUGGACCUGUUGGACCUAAGCCUGGAGGAUGACUUUGCGAGAGCGUGUGUGAUCGCCCCGCGUCCGCGUUCGAUCAGCCGCCAGGCCGUAGCUGCCGACGGUGCCCCGACCGCCCUUGACGCGGCCGGGCUAACCUCGCUUGAGCCGCGCACUUUGCCGUCGGACCCCAUCCGGAGCGCCGUAGUUGCCCAGAGCGCGACCAGGGCGGCCCAGCAGGAGCAGCACACACCUGCUGCACCCCAGGACUUGGGGGACGCGCCCAACUCCGGUUCCGCCCCUGCCCGCUCUUCCACGUCUGCUGCGCCAGAGCCGGACGUGGCUGCGCCCCACACCCCUUUGCCCUCCUCGACCGCCCAAGCACCUAUUGCUCCCUCCGCCGUUCCCCAGGGCAUCGCGGUGCAGGAGACGGCGGCUCCUUGCCAGGUACCGAGCCCAUCUGACGUGGGGAGGCCGUCGCGAGUCGACCCCAUCUUGGCCGCCGCCCAUCACUUUCACGCGAUGGGCGUGGCAUCGCUGACGUUCAACAUGAAAGUCGAGUUGGACAAGGAGGGCAAGGAGACCAAGAAGCCUGCUGACCUCAUGCGCGGGUGGCAGAAGGAGUGCGAUCUCGGCAACUGCUUGCGCAGAGGUGUCCGGCCUGGCAAAAGCUGCCUUGCCAUUGUGACCCAGCCCUCCGACAUCUACGCCCUCGACAUCGACGCGAAGGACGGCGGGGCGGAGGCCUUCGAGCGGAUGCUGGCAGCUCACGGCCCCUUGCCUGAUGACACCCCAUGGGAGUGGUCGGGACACAGGCCUGGGAGACAUUUCUUCUUCUCCCUGUCGCUGUCCAAGGCCGCGGGGUUGCUGAGUGGCGCCGGAAGGCAAGGUCUGGUUUACGAAGGCGAAAAAGUGGGCCUCGACACGCGUGGCGAGGGGGGCAUGUUGUUUGUGGGCCCCAGCAGCUACAAGGGCGUGGACGGCGCGGUCCGGCGGUACGAGUGGAUCAUCAAUGACAGCAGCGCACCUGCAGCACCACCAAGGCCAGCGUCACAGCCACCCGAUCGCUUCGCGGAAGGCCUCGACGCCCACGAAAUCGAGCUGCCCCCUCCGCCAGCUGUUCUGGAGCGCGUUCAGAAGUGCCUCGCGGACGCUGGAGACUCCGACUCAUGCUUUGACAAGCUCAAGAGGUCCUCUGCGGGCGACAUGUACGUGUUCCGCGUGAAUGGCGCACGCGUGUGUCCGUAUGGGGCCAAUCACAGCGGCUCCAACAACUUCUGCGUCCUCGUGCGGGGUCGCAACCUCCUCUACAAGUGCAACAGCCCGGAAUGUUGUGACAUUCACCCGCCGCGCAAGAUCGGUGAGCUCACGGUAAAAGAGAGCAUGAUGGGGGGCGAGACAGCCCCAGUUUCUGAGGACGACCCGACCGUGUACAAGGAGCUGACGAAGCCGUUCGUGGACUACUGGGCGUUCAAAGGUGACAUGGGGGCCAGUCGGAUCGUCGCACAGAUGUACUCGAGGUGCCACAGGAUCUGGAACGACGGGAAGACUUGGUGGAUGUGGGAUGGGAAGCGUUUCAAGCAGGCUACUGCCGAGAAGAUCAAGUUUGUCUGCCUCCACCAGCUCAGCACUGUGUAUGCUCGAGUUCGAGCCGAAUUGAAAGAGCGUUUGAGCGUAACCACUGACGAGCAGGAGAAGAUGGAGCUAAAGAAAGCUCUUGACAGAGUCAGACGAUACUACGACGCUGGCGAGAUCAGUUCGACCCUGACGAUCAUGAUGGGGGAGAUGGCCCUGGAUCUGGUGGGGGAGCUGGACUCUAAUCCAGACAUCCUCAACGUCCAGAAUGGGGUCGUCAACUUGCGCACCGGCGAGCUGGACAUCCACAGGCCGGAGUACCUGUGCACGAAGCUGGCUGACAUCAACUACAAGGGGCUAGGUCACCCGACGCUCACCGUCGAGGGUUUCCUGGACGACAUCUUCAACGGGGACCGAGCGUUGAUUGACUUCAUGCAGAGGCUCUGGGGGUAUGCCAUCAACGGACGUACCUCGGAGGAGAUUAUUGUGUUCUUACUCGGAAGCGGCGGGAAUGGCAAGGGGGUCUGCAAGCAGAUGCUGGAGACCACGCUGGGCGAAUACUACGGCGUCAUGUCCAAGGACGCCGUGGUCAAGGCCCCCGGACAACGCCCGCCGUCCAAGGGCGCUGCCACGGGCUACCUCGCCGAGCUUCAGGGGAAACGGGUGGCCGUGACGGACGAGACGAGCCCGGGCGAGCGCGUCGACCUGGGGGACGUGCUCAAGAUGACCGGCGGGGGCAUGGUCGCCUCCCGGCUCCUCUUCCAGAACAACGUCUCCUUCCGGUUCACCCACACGCCUUUCAUCCAGACUAACUACGACCCCGAGAUCCCCCCAACCCUGGCCAAGCAGCCAAACAUCAACCGCCGCCUCAUCGUGGUUCGCUUCCCAAACGAGUACGUGUCCGAGAAUAAGUUUGACGAGACCAACCCGAACCACAGGCACGUGGACGUCGGGUUGAAGGACCGGAUGGAGAGUCUGGCGGUCCGCGAGGAGUUCCUCACGUUUCUCGUCCAGGGAAGUCGGGCCUGGUACGAGGACCCCACGGUCUUGCGCAGGCAUCCGGCGGCCGUCCAGGCGGCCUCGAUGGCAUGGCUGCGGCGCGGAGACAAGCUGCAGAUCUUCCUGCAGUCGGAGCACUGCGCGCACGACCCGCCAGACACGCCCGACAAUGCCAAGACGGUCACAUGGGAGGACGAGUUCUGGACGCAGUUCCAGAGAUUCACAGGGGUCAAGAUUGCCAAGGAGGAGUUGGCUAGGCAGAUGCGAGAGAAGGGUUACGCGAGAACGAAGCGAGCCGGCCGUUAUGACGGGUCAUCCCACCGGAGCUCGUGCUAUUUAGGCUUCAAGUGCGAGUAUGAUUGAUAGUUAGCGCUCGUCUGUAGAGUCAAUUCAUUGCCUUUCUCUUAGACUUGCUUCAAUUGGUAGAGCAUAGGAGCCUAAGAUGUACAUAUUGUCCUCCUUUUUAGAGAUAGCUAGAUGCCCUAGGUGUACAUUCUAGUAACCCCUUCACUUUGGUAUUUAUUAUGCAUGCGUUCGGACGAAUUUCACGAACUCUGCCGAUGUACCAUUCUAAGUGAAAUUUUUAGACCCCCUAGUCUCAC